CCGAGUUUUGUUUCUGCUCGAAUUUGUGGAUAGUUCUCUUACAAAACUACUGUUUUCAGUGUGAAAACGUGUGAUUUGUUGCAUAAUACUAAACAGGAUUAAAUUUCAAGAUUCUGUCCCAUUGAUGUUGUUCGUGGUGUUCUAAUAAGAUCGGAUUAUGACAAACAUGUUGGGGUCAUUACAAGCAGAGUCCCAGCAUGCUCUGCAGCUGCUGGAGCGGCUUCAGGAGAAGCUGAACGCAACGGGGGAUGUCAGUCAUGACUCGGAACUUUCCCAGCUCAUCAUGAUGCUGGAGUCGCCACUAUUCAACCAACUCCUCACAAUCGACGACUCCAUUGAAGAACUUAAAAAAUACCAGCAUGCAACUUCCUCAAAUUUGGAUCUAGAUGACUUUGACAUCAAUCUUGAUACGGGAAAACUCGUCCUAUCGGAGGCCGCGGAGGAAAAAAUCAACCUCCGUUUCGCGUUAGAGGCAGAAAGUACCGCUCAGUAUUUGGGGAACAAUGAUGAAGACAUCGAGCGUGAACAACCUAAUUUCUCCAUGUCCACGCCCUCUUUUGAAGAAAUUGAAACGUCCAAAAUCUACGAUCCAGAAGAAUUGAAAGAAGCAAUAGAAACAAUGGCAGCAGGUCGAGAAACGCAGUGCAUCCAACUUUUCAAGGCUGAGAACUCGAGUCUGGGUUUCAGCGUUGUCGGGUUGAAGAGUGAGAACCGUGGUGAGCUUGGUAUCUUCGUCCAGGAGAUUCAGCCGGGAGGCAUAGCAGCAAGAGAUGGCCGACUGGCAGAGAGUGACCACAUUCUGGCCAUAGACAAGCAGGUCCUCGACAGUUCCAUCUCGCACAAGCAGGCCAUCUACAUCCUACAAGGAGCCAGCGGAUUGGUGGAGCUCGUCAUUGCCAGGGGAGCUGUCCCGAGAACAGACCAAUCAGGUAGUGGCACACUUGACACCAGCUCUUCCAGUGAGACCCCUGCCGACAUGGUGUUGAAUACAGAAUGGACUCAGCUUGAAAUUAUCGAACUUGUUAAUGAUGGAUCUGGCCUCGGUUUCGGUAUCAUUGGUGGAAAAAGCACAGGCGUUGUCGUCAAAACUAUCCUCCCUGGAGGUGUGGCUGAUCGAGAUGGCCAUCUUCGCAGCGGAGACCACAUCUUACAGAUCGGUGAAGUCAACGUCCGUGGCAUGGGAUCGGAGCAAGUCGCCGCCGUUCUCCGCCAAGCGGGAAGCCAUGUCCGUCUCGUUGUCGCCCGUGCCAUCCACGAACCCCCUCCAGUCCAGAACCCAACCGCCCCUAUCAUACCAACCCAUCAACUCGACGAGCAUCUGCAGAGACUGUUUUCGGCGGAUAGCACGGAGCACCUCGACCAGUAUGAACACUACGCAAACGAUCGGAACCACGAUGGUCACGUCUCAGGCAGCAACUCCAUGGGCUUCAUCGAGCAGGCAGAGGUCCAUGCUCUCCAGCCGGCGUAUACAUAUGAAGGCUAUGAAAAUUAUCAGGACUCGGCCCUCAUACAGGCCGUUCCAACGCAAAUCAUGUUUGACGAGCCGCCUCUCAAACGUAGCGUUGAACGGACUGUAGAGGCCAAUGGCCUGUUGCUGUCAUUACACCAGCCUCCAGAAGAUGCUGUCGAGAGUGAUGUCCCAGAUGUGGAAUAUUUCGAAGUGGAGCUGACCAAGGACAACCAGGGUCUUGGGGUCACGAUAGCAGGCUACGUGGGAGAGCUACCAACGGAUCUGGACAUAGACCCUGAUUAUGAACUAUCAGGUAUUUUCGUGAAGAGCGUCGCAGAAGGAAGUGCAGCUGAUACCGACGGGAAAAUUAACGUCAACGACCAAAUAAUAGCGGUUGAUGAUCAGAGCCUGGAUGGGUUUACCAAUCACCAAGCAGUCGAAGUCCUCAAAAAGACCGAUCUGGUCGUCAAACUCAAGCUCGCUCGGUAUCAUCGGGGACCCAAGUAUGAGCAGCUCCAGCAUUACACAGCUCAAGCGAGUCUGGCGCCCUCGUUCAAUGGCGAUGAUGAGUUAGAUGCAACGGCCGGAAACGUGAACCUUGAUGACAUUGACCUCCUCUCUGGUGAAGACUUCAGUGGUGACCUCGACCUUGACCUUGAACUUUCCCUCAAGGCCAAGUGGCAGGAGAUCAUCGGCGAUGAAUACGAUAUUGUGGUUGCUCAACUGUCCAAGUUCCGUGAAGGUGGUGGCCUGGGAAUCAGCUUGGAGGGCACAGUGGAUGUAGAGAAUGGCAUUGAAGUCCGCCCGCAUCACUAUAUCCGUUCAGUCCUAAAAGAUGGUCCCGUCGGGAUCAACGGCCGCAUGCAAAGCGGGGACGAGUUAUUGGAGGUGAACGAGACAGUCCUCUACGGCCUCAACCACGUGGAAGUCGUCACGAUACUCAAGGAACUACCACAGCACGUUCGCGUCGUCUGUGCCAGACGUAAAACAGCUCAAUCCGAUCUUCUCUAUGCAACUACCAGUGAUCCGUUCUUCCAAGCUCGCACAGGCGACGAGGUACCCUACGCAGCCAUUGACGACAUGCCAACAGAACGACUCGUCAAAGCGAAAUCCGAACAGUCGUUAUCCACGGCUCCUGUGUCAGACUUUUCUCUCAAUAAAAAUAAAUCUCGGUCGUUAGAGCCGCUCUCUGGCUUGGCGAUGUGGAGCAGUGAUGUUAUCCUCAUUGAGCUACAGAAAGGUGAUCGUGGCCUUGGAUUCAGUAUUCUGGAUUAUCAGGAUCCAAUGAACCCUCAAGAUACUGUGAUAGUCAUUCGUAGCCUAGUGCCCGGUGGCGUCGCCCAGCUGGAUGGGCGACUUGUUCCAGGCGAUCGCCUCAUCUUCGUCAACGACAUGAAUCUCGAGAAUGCUACACUUGACCAAGCUGUCCAGGCUCUUAAAGGUGCUGUGCGGGGUACGGUGCGUAUCGGCAUAGCGAAGCCUCUCCCUCUCCCAGACAGCUUCCUCGGCAAUGAAGAACAGCAUUUAAGGGAAGAAAUCGAGGCGGAUACGGAGGCCCAGGCCAUGGCGGAACGCGACGCCCAUGCCAAGGCGAUACAGGAAGUACGAGCCAAGGCGGAACGAGAUGCCGAAGUUGAGGCCGGAUGGGAAGUUAACGUGAGUGUCACACCACCCCAGGCACCGCCCCGGCCUGCCCAUCCCAUCAUCCAGGAACUCGACAGCGAUUUGUCAGAUAACAACACACCACCUCCGGCCUCGCCUCCUGUCGAGUUGCUGACCUUCAAGAGUGAAUCCCAGGUGACCCUGUCUUCCCCUCCAUUGUCUCCAUCACUUCCUCCGCCGAUUCCCAUGCGGCACAUCAACUUAAUCACCCGUGAGAAACCACAUUACUCCGCUGAUUCAACACCCGAGGAUAACAGCCAUGCCCCGUUUGGCACCUAUAGCGAGCCGCAUGGUCAGUACGACUACAGUGAAAGCUCUGACUCGGACUGGGCAGUCUGGCAGCCCGAGCUUGCCCCAAACCUGCCCGCACCCGCCCGAAUUCAGGCCUUUAACAAGCCCAAGGAGGUCCUCAUUAUCGACCUGACCCCUGACCCCAAAGAGAGAUGCCCGCCCGCAUCGAGUAGUGUAGAUCCUCUUUCUCCAAAGAAAAAUAAAAAAAUUCCACCACCCGUUCCGCCAAAACCAAAGUACAAGCUCCCACGGCUGAAUCAAGUGCCUAAAACGGAGACUCCUCAGGACUCGGACUCGGAGGUAGAUGCACCUCCCCUCCCAACGUCUCCUCCACCCGACAUGGGUAUCCAGCGCUCCUACCCAGCGCCUGAAGAGUCUAAGGUGGCGCUUGGAAUCACCAUGGGCAUGGGACAUGAUGCUCAGACGCAGCCAUCGACCACAAGUGACCUUAGAUCAGCGUUUGGCGAGUCUCCGCAACCCUCACCCUCGUCGUCUCCCAAUGUUAGUCCACGGUCAUGGACGGCUUACGGUGAUAUCCCUCCUCUGCCAAACGCCCUUGAACGUAACAUUAAGAUCAAGAAGGGUUUGGAUCCAUUGGGGGUGACAUUAGAUGCUGUUGAUAAGGGCAUUAAUGGUGGCCUUGUGCGGUCCGUGCAGCAAGGCGGUGCAAUAAACAAAGAUGGCCGAAUCCGAGCGGGUGACUACAUUGUCAGCAUUAAUAAUGAGACGCUACGCAACUCGACCAAUGCACAGAUACACGCCAUAGAACGACGGGUUGCCCUAAUCGGGAACGAAAUAAGUGUGGCGUAUAUACCAUCCGGAGAUGCUGCUGUCCACAGGGAGUCCGCCCUGAUCAUGCUCCGGGAACAAGGCCCUCCCACUCCGCCGCCUACACUCCAGCCGUCGCCAAAGAUUUAUCCGAAAUAUUAUCGUUCAAAGUUGAUCCAUCCAAGUCAGAUUCAUCGGCAAACCUCAAAAUCUUCAGAGAAGUCGUUGGAGCUGGAGAUAGUGGCGCCAGCAGUGCCGGAGAAAGAACUAAAAAAUGCCGUGGUGGUAAAUUUGUGUGCUGAUGAACGGACUACUGAGUCGAGUACAGAUGAACUCACAAAUUUUUCCCAAUCCGUCGAUUCAAAAACGGAUAAAACUGAUACGGAACUUGUGAAUAACGCUCAAAAUGGUUUGGAUCUUCACUCUGAUCCGGACUUAGAAAAAGAGGAUAUGAAUAAACUGCUGGAUAAAGGUGUUGUGCCGCGGCAGAAAUCAUUAGCGGCGGAUGGGUCACCCGCCAUACGUGCCGAGAGCUGGGGUCCUCCUCGAGUUGUGGAGUUGGAGAGGGAGGAGGGGAAGACACUUGGAAUUAGCAUCGUUGGUGGGAAGGUGGACAUCUAUAAUAACGCCACAGAGACUGCAAUAUCAGGGAUUUUUAUCAAACAUGUUGUGCCGAAUACACCAGCUGGAAGAAACGGGACUCUCAAAACGGGUGACCGAAUUUUAGCGGUCGACAAUGUUGACCUAAAAGAUGCAACGCAUGACAGAGCGGUGGAGGUGAUACGGAAAGCUAAGACCCCUGUCACGUUUAAGGUGCAGAGUCUGCUCGAUCCAACUGUGCCGAGAGACGAGGAUCUCCCUAACACUAAACUUGCCACUAAUGUGUCGGAAGAUCACGGCGAGGAACCGCCACCUUUACCGAAAUCGUCCCCUCCAAAAUUAACGCCUGCUCCAUCAAUCCCGGAAGAUACCUCAGAUAGUGAUGAAGAGGAGGACGAGUAUGGUUACACAAGGAAAAACAUCCACAAGAAGUAUGGUGACCUGAACGGCCAGAUUCACAUGAUUGAGUUUGACCGUGGGAGUAAUGGUCUCGGCCUUAGCCUUGCUGGCAAUAAAGAUCUCAACACGAUGAGUGUGUUCGUAGCAGGCGUGCAACCCAAUAGUCCUGUUGGCAGAGAUGGCAGGAUAUUGGUCGGGGAUGAGUUAUUAGAGAUGAACGGCCAAGUGAUAUUCGGUCGAAGUCACCUUAACGCCUCGGCGAUCAUCAAGGGGGUGACUGCCUCAAAGGUCAAGAUCAUCCUACUGCGACGUGACGAUUGUUUGGUUCAUAUGGCUGUGAAACCCCUCACCCCUACAAGACCCCCAAAAGAUAGUGUUUCAACUCUGGUUCAACCUCCAAAGCCUAAACCACGUUCUAACAAAAAGCUGAGUACCGAAGUACCGAGGGAGUUACCAACAACUGCUGAACAGAAUGCUCACCUGCCUAGUGUUCAUGUUGACCCCGUGCAAUUCCCCAACACUCAACAAAUAUCGCUGCAGAAGUCAUCUGUGGGUCUCGGCUUUGCCAUCCAAGAAGGCUGCGGUGAUAAGAAGGGCAUCUUUAUCAAAAGUAUUACAAUGGGAGGGCCAGCUCAGGAGGACGGCCGGCUGCAGGUCUUUGACCAGUUAUUGGCUGUUGACGACCAACCAUUGAUCUCAGUUCAUUAUGAUAAGGCAAUAGAAGCAUUACGGAGAACACAAGGUUCCGUUGUGUUGUUGAUAAAUCGUGAUCCCCAUGUGACAUCUGGUGGCAAAUCUCCGACGUUUGGUCUUAGUGUAACAGACCAGGCCAACAAUAACACCGAAGAUCAGGAGAUAGUCGUAGAUUUUGAUGGCACACACGACCAAGAUGAAACUGAGGUUACCGUACCAGCUGCUAUGGUCGAUGAGAGCAUAAUUAAAAUUGAAAUCGAAAAUGACAAAUCAAAAGUCGAAAAUGACAAGAAAAUGGCAGAAAAUGAUGAAAAUGCUGUUGGUGCUGAAAGGGUAGACCUACAAUCUGGCCAGUCCAUCGCCGCUGACGGCCAGCAUGGUAGAACUUCGCCCCGAGAAAGCCACCAUCACUUAGAAGUUCCCCAAGGUGACCCUGCAACAUGCGACAUCCUGCCUGGCCGAUCUACCGUGAUAGAAAUCAACAAAGGGAAAUCGGGUCUGGGCAUUAGUAUAGUGGGAGGUUCAGAUACGCUACUUGGUGCUAUAAUCAUUCAUGAAGUUUAUGAAGAUGGAGCAGCAAAUAGAGAUGGCAGACUCAUAUCAGGUGACCAGAUAUUAGAGGUUAACCAUGAAGACCUCCGCGAUGCAACUCACGAGCGGGCGAUCCAAGUUUUACGACAAACGCCAUCAAAGGUGCGGAUGUGCGUGUAUCGUGACGACUCUCAGCUGAAGGACGAGGACUAUUAUGAUACAUUCACUGUGGAGCUGAUGAAGAAGCCUGGCAAAGGUCUUGGCCUUAGUAUUGUUGGCCGCAAGAACGGGACUGGUGUGUUUUUGUCAGAUAUAGUAAAAGGUGGCGUGGCAGAGAGUGACAACCGGCUUAUGCAAGGUGACCAGAUCCUUGAUGUAAAUGGUGAAGACAUGAGAAAUGCAACUCAAGACUAUGCAGCUACAGUCCUCAAGAUUCUAAUGGGAAAAGUGACCAUGACGGUCGGAAGAUUAAAAGUUGGAUCGCAUGGUACCUCUCGGCGGAAUUCCAGCAGCGCUAGCGAAAAAGCCGGCCUGCGAAAAUCUGAGUCCAGCGCUAGCAAUGCAAAAACUAAAGGAGGCAAACAUGUGAAAGGCUCGAGCAGCUCAAGCGAGCAGAGUGCUUCAAUCAGCACAUAUUUUGUCCACCUAGAACGAUAUGAUAGUGGUCCCCUCGGCCUCAGCAUCGCUGGAGGCUACGGGAGUCCAUUAGGGAACAUCCCAAUUACAAUAGCGAACAUUCAGCAGGAUACUCCAGCAGCAAGGGCCAGGAAGCUUAGGAUCGGAGACCAGUUGCUCAGCAUCAAUGGCCUCAGCACCGACAAUCUCAGCCAGGGUCAGGCGGUCACCCUCCUCACACAGACACAGGGGGUCCUCAUGCUGGAGCUGGCCAAGGGGGAAGACUUCCUCUCCAAGCCUGUGUACAUAGAUGAGCCGACCCUUGAAGAGAUUGAGGCUCUGGAACAAGAGGCUUUGGACGAUGAGGAGGAAAUGGAUACGCAAGUUCAAUACAAGACCAUCAUCCUUACACGCAAGGCAGAAGGUCUUGGCUUUUCGAUCGUAGGAGGCCACGGCAGUCCGCACGGCGACCUUCCUAUCUACGUCAAGACUGUAUUCUCCAAGGGGGCAGCAGCAGCAGACGGCCGACUGAAACGAGGGGAUCAAAUCGCUGCCGUCAACAACCGUAGCCUUGAGGGUAUCACUCAUGAGGAAGCAGUGAAGAUCCUGGUUAACUCGCAUGGUGAAGUUAAACUUCGCAUUGUAUCUUGAGUGGACAAUUUUCGAGAAAGGCUUCUUUUAUAAAGUGUGUCGACGAGUUUGUUAAAACAUGCACUGGAUGGCUGGAAAAGAUUGAUUUGUUCUCACGGCUGCCAAGAAGUACUAGAACAAAUAGAACAAACCCGAUUUCCAAUUUAUGCUCUUUCUGUCAACUAACAAAUUUCAGAAUUUUGAUAGCAUCCAAAAUAAUUAAAUACAAAUGUAGCUCAGACAAUGUCAGAGUGAUAAUUGGACAUGUCUUAGCUGAUUCGGUUCUGAAUGACAGUUUUAAUGCUAUUCAAUUUUAGAAGUGUAUUAUUUUUUCGUUUACACCCAGUAUAUGUAGCGUUUUGCAGACCAGGGUCUGUUUUACAGACCAGGGUCUGUCUCUGUGCACUUUACAAUGCGUGUCAUAAUGGGUCUCCAUAGGGCACUCUAGGGUUUUGAGGACUAGCUGCUCACACAGUGAAUUUCGCACGGCAAGAUUUUAGCCUACUUAUACAUUUUCACCAACCACAAAAAUGUACCUUCUGAUUUCCUGUUGCACAGAAGAAAGUACGGUUAGCUAGACUCAGUCUUCUGAACUAGUGAUUUAGUUGCCUUCUAUUUAUAAUGCUGUGUUGUGGAGUUCCAUGGUAAUGACACGUGCAGCAAUUUGGGACAGUUUCAUACAUGCUCACUUUGAUACUGACUGGGGUGCUGUAUCAAGCAAGCGAUAAUCCCUUUAACUCAUUAACUGCCACCGUCACCGAAUUGCGACAAGCGCCUCUGCGUUAUUCAUCGAGUUUCAUUGAAAAGAUCGUCUGCUAUGUAGUUUCUCCGCCUACUGAUAGAUGGUGUGCAGGUAGUAGAUUACUUCUUUGGCGGUUUGGAGGAAUCUAACUCUUCUCCGUUUCAAGCUACUUGUACAGUCUUUUAAAAACAGAUUAUCGGCAAAAUUUUAAAAUUGAGAAAAAAUAUCCAGCAGUUAAAGGGUUAAGCUGGACCUGUCAAAAACGAAGUGGCAACCUGACUAGGUUCAAACCCACAACUUUGAGAGAUGUGUUGCAAUACAGUAGAACCUCUCUAUUAAGGACACCCUCCGGACUGACAAGCGCUGUCCUAAAUAGAGAGGUGUCCUGAUUAGAGAGGUCAAAUUGAAUGGAAACAACCAAUUUUGGACCAAAACUAGUGUGCUUUAUAGAGAGGUUGUCCUUUAUAGAGAGGUGUCCGCUAACAGAGGUUCCACUGUAUUUAGUUUUACGCCACCGCCACUCCAUAUCAAAACAUCUAUGGUACUUAAUUAACAUAAUAUGUCAACACAAAUUGAUGCAAGUUUGAUCUGUACAUAUUACGUUGCUUCUUAUUAGCUUGCUCAGGAAACUGUAUGGUCACACGUAGGAUUGUUAAAAAGUGUUCAGAGUUGUUAUGUUGGAGUUAAAUUGAAUUCUACCUGACCCAAAACUUUAAAUUCCAUCAAAUUUCAUGGCUUUUUAUAGAAUGUUUAGAUUUGGAAAGUUAGUUGUGUUAAGACAUUGUUGGGAUGUGUUGCGUUUUCAUUUGUUUCAAUGUAUCCCGGAGUCUGCGUGUAACAAUUUAUCAAAUAUAGGGCAGUCAAGGAAAACCAGUCAGUAGUUUGAAAUGAACACACCAUCUUAAAUCUUUGUAUCCAUGGUAAUUUUUUCUCUUAUCAACAAAUUUUUUUGGCAAAAACUUGAUAUAAUUGAAAACCUCACAACAGAUUUUCAAAAUAGAUGGCUUACAUGUAUAUGUAACAGUAUUUGGAAACCUUUAUGAGAAUGACAUCAAGAAUCGCGUAAUUGACGGCCAGUUUCCCAAGACUGCCCCAAAGUGUUUUUACAUGCUUAUUUGUACAUCGUAACUGCAUAAUAUCUAGCCAGCGCCUUAUUAUUCAAGUUCAAUGCAGGCCUACAUGCUCAUCAGAGAUAUCAGCAGUUUAUAAAAGACAGUGUCAACUGGCCUACACCUGCAGGUCUACUACUGGCAGCACUGUCUACGUAUCAGACAAAACCCCCUCAGUUGACUGCAGUGCAUCAAACAGUGCUUACAUACAUGUGAUCAAGCAACUUUUAUUUCUAUAUGGAAUCUUGGAGAUCCAGAAGAAAAUAUAUGUAAUACUACCCUUCAGCUUGGUUCUCGUAAGAAUGUUUGGGUGUAGGUCAGAUGAAUGCUGCCUAUUAUCAACUGCUAAAGCCUGCUGGUAUGAGAUAUUUACUCUUUAUGUUGUGAAUUAUCAUUUUGUCUUUUGCAUGUGUUUAGUUUACUUCCAAACAUAUCACUGUGCAUUUCUUGAUUAUGCUUGUACAUAAAGACAAGAAAGCACAUUAAGAUUUCCUGGUGUAUAUUUCUGCAUACAUAUGUAUAGAGAAUAUAUAUAUAUAAAUAAAAAAUAAACCUGUGUGUAAUUAUACAUCAUAUAUAUAUAAAGUUUUUAAAUUUCAUACUUCAGAUGGUAAGCUAGUUGCCAUUAUCAUUGGCUGUUGUGGCUAACCUGUUCAUAGCGAUGUCCACCAUGGCUUUAAAAAGUUCUCACUGCUUAUCAUUGUACAUUAGAAGACGAGUCGUCUAUUUAUAAAGGCCUUUUGCACCCUUGAUGCAGGGUAGUUUAUCUAUCUAAGAAAAAUCCACUACUAGGCUUGCCAAAUUCAAGAAAAACAAAGAAAACUAAAUUUCAUGGAUUUAGUUGAAAUAGAACAUCCCAUGUGCAGUGAUGGUCACAUCUAUCCUGUACACAUUUUUUUGGGUGUGGAAAAUAUUCAGCCUUUAAGGAAUUUCUGCUUAUUUCAAGCCUUGGCUAUGGUUAUUUUAAUGCCAAGGCUGGCCCUUCGAUGAGACAGCGAACUUAGCAUGGUUUGACCAUGGAAGGGCCCUUUGUGAUUAUUAGUACCAGAGCCUGCCACUAAUUGUUAAAUGUAGGCCUGCAAAUUGCACUUCUGUGUGUCGUGUGGCGACUUUAUAGUUUGCCUAGGUGGUUCCUUUUGAAUCAUGAUGCACCUUUAACACUGGCCUUCGAACAUCCAAAUUAUGGUUGCAUCAUUAAAAUUUACUGACACUUCUUGCAGGAAUAAUGAAAAUAAGCUUGUUGCAUCCCACCCUUACCUGAGAAGAUUUUUCAUUUAGACAUGUUAGGCUCACAAAUUGCCAUAAAAAGUUCAAGGAUUUUUAAAAAUUUUCAGCUGGCAGCUUCUCUGAAUGAAUUUAAUAGAUGUUCUCCUUUCUCAUUGUUUCUGCAUACCAUAGAGUGAAAACUCUAUAUAAAAAAUAAACCACAUAAAAAAUGUAUUUUUCAUAUCCUGCUUCUUGUCUCUUGUAAUAGAUAUUGAAAAUAAAGAAGGCUAAUUCCAACUAUUUAUUCAUAUCCAUGCCAGAGAAACGGUUUCAAUAUGCUUUGAAUGUGACAGGUUAGGGGUUUGUACAUAUUGUCCAUGUAUAUAUAUUAGGGCCAGCAAAGAUAAGUUAGAUCUUAUCCAUUCUUUAUCUUUACAUCAUAUUAGGAAUAACCUGUUGAUUUUAGAUCUGUAUUUCUUAUGAAUAAUAAAGAAAUAAAACCAUUUUACAAUCA